AUGGAUCAUGAUGAAACGCCAACACCUGGGAUGGGAAUCAUGGAAUGGGGAAUGGUCCUGGAGCGCGUCAAAAAAAAACAACGCGAUGUAUGCCCAUCACCGACACGCCGACUUUGGUUCUUCCCAGGUUCUUCCAAUGAUAUGGAAAGCCGUGUUUCCCCUGGGACCCCUUCCAAUUCAUUCAUUCACCGUCCACCUUUCCCAGAACCUCUACUGUCUUCCGUUGAAGAGAAUCGUGCGCGGUUGAGACCAGGCUUCGUACGCCGUGCUCCCUUACCAUUCGUACAGCUACUUCUUGAACAGCAUAUUCUAUUCACUCCCAAACCAUCUCGUAAUCGUUUUUCCCUCUUUUUGCAGCUUUCGGCACAGAAGAAAUCCCCCCAACCUGGUAUAUCGAGCGAAUCCUAUCUCACGAGCGCGACUGUUGACACCAUGGAGCGUUACACUCCGACGAGCUCUUUCAGUGGUCCAAAGACUCUAUUUCGUGUCAAUUCCGGAGGUUCAAUCCCAAUUAUACCUCGGUCGCCCAUGCGUAUAGAUGCCAAUUUCUCUGACGAGCCCAUCCCACCGACGACAAACGAACUAGACGCGAAGGAAAAGGCUAGGCUGCUGAAGAAAGCUCGUAAGCUCAGCAGAGUUUUCGGAGAAGUGCCAGACCUUCUGCCUACUUCUAACAAUUCGCGCGUUCCAAAUAAAACUCCCCGUCACCGCCGGUCAAUCUCCACACAUGGCUCUGACUCGGAACUGCAGUUGAAACAGCACACAGGGCGUAAAUUCUCCUCUCAGUCCGAUUUGGCCAGCUCGUCGGAGAGCGGAAAUCGAAUUGAAGUUUCGGACCGAGAAGCGAUUCCCCCCGUUCCUUCACUCCCGCGAGAGAGUAUCGACGCGUUUUCGGAACAUAUACCCACCCAGCAUCGCCAGCAACCACCUCUGCAUGUUUGGACACGUCCGAAACCAUUUUCAGACGAUGUGCGCGCAUUGAUACCCAUAUUCUCGUCAACACCUCAAAUGUCUGACGAACUGCAAACCCGUCGACUGAUUAAACCGCGCCGAGAUUUGGGAGAAGAUAAAGCAAAGACUACUGCACCCCAUGCGCUCAAAGCUCGAAAAAGCUAUGACGCUUCGUUGGCGAGAGCUGCUUCACGGUCGGAUGAGGCGGUUUCGAAUGGACCCUUGCAUCGAAGCCGAUCUCUCAGUGCUAACAGGAAGAAGAAACUUGGAGAAGUAGACAGUAUUGUCGAUUUCUAUCCCCAGCUUUCUCAAAAGUCUGGAAGUAUGAAUCGGAAGCAGGUUCCGGACGGCGUUGAAUCGGCUGUUGGAGUCCUUACCCCUCCGCCUGCUCCCCCUGACACGGUACAAAUUCAACAACUUGAUUCAACUCAAGUUCAUUCAGCUGAGACAAGUGGAACUUCCAUUCUGUCUGCGGCGACGUCGUUGCGUGAUUGCGAUAUACAAUCAAAUCUCGACGUCGACCAUUCGAUCUCUCCCUCGUCAACGAGCAUUCACAGCGCCGAAUCCUCAUCUAUCGAUUCUAACAUUGACGAGAACUUCCGGGAGCGUCGGCGUAGAGCAGCCAAGCUUACCCAGUUUUUCGGCGUCGAGUAUCAGGACAUCACUGCCUCGAUGCCCCCUACAGGUCAUGCAUUGGAGCCUAUGCACCAUAUUGCCCCUAGUGAAAAGUGGGAGCCUGUACGAGUCGAGCCCAGCGUACAAGUCGGUGUCCGGACUAAUACUCGACGUUUCUGGGGUGGUCGGGGUAACCUCAAAGAGGCGGAAGUUGGCGACGUUAUCCCGAAACUGAGGGAAUUGAGAGCUUCAUGA